UUUUUCCGCAGUUCUCCAUGCAGUCCUGGUCUUAUUCAACGCGGCCUCCGUACAAGGUCGGCGUGCGAGCGGGCCACUCUUCGAGAUGCUCAACCCAAGCCAAAUGACCCAGGAGCAGCGGUGUCAGAGCUUCAGUAACGCGAAUCUCGAAAAGAAGGAGUUCUACUCGCCGCUAUACCCGAAUAACUAUCCAAACAACACGGAGUGCAUCCUUCGCUUGGAAGCCGAGCAUGGUUACGUCAUCAGAGUGGAUUUCCGGGACUACUUCCACCUCGAGCCGUCGAACAAGUGCGAGUUCGACGUCCUGGAGGUCCGCGACGGCGCCCACGGAUACUCCGACCUGAUGGGGCGCUUUUGUGGGGAUACUUUCCCGCCCAUCAUCACGUCGAAGGACAGAUACCUGUGGCUGAAGUUCAUUUCGGACGACACGAUAGAAUACAGUGGCUUCCGGGCGGUGUUUUCAUAUAUUGAAAACAAAGCGCUGGACCGGCCGUACAUCGAGCCGUGCCGAUACUACCUGCACGGCGAGCAGGGCAAGAUCAGCUCAGAUGACGUCGAGGAGGAGCGCCUGGAGUACUCGAGGCAGCAUAACCAUCCGAUCGACUGCACGUGGGUUGUGACCGUGAAGGCGAGGCGCAGGAUAUUCAUGUCCUUCAAGAAGUUCAAGCUGGAGAAGCCCAACGAGUGCGACAUGAACUACAUCGACAUCUUCGAGGAGCAGACGGACCUGAAGAACCGCGUAAAGCACUACUGCGGUUCGGUGGCCGACCCCUUCGCCACCAACGGCACCAUCCUGCAGUUCCGCUACUUCGCCAUCCCGAGUGCCCUCAACACCAAGUUCGUCGCCUGGUUCACCGCCUUCAGAGAGAGGACUUCCGAAGGAGAGAAUUCGCAGUGCACGGAGGAAGAGUACGACUGUGACGACGCCCGCUGCAUCGACAUAUCCCUGCGGUGCAAUAACGUCACGAACUGUCAACACGAGUAUGACGAGGAAGGCUGCAGUCCGCAUAAGAAGGCGACUUUAGACAUCCACUCGGAGCACAUCAUCCUCAUCCUGACUCUUGGAUGCGGUCUUCUCGGAGGAAUGUGCUUCGCUAUGUGCUUCAACUGCAUCAAGAAGCUGGUGCGAGACGGACGCCAGAUCCAUGAGAAUAUUCGAAGAUCCCGCGAACAGCUGGAGGAGCGAAGUCAGAGCAUGUCUGCCGCUUCUUCGCCUCGCACGGUGCACCGCCCGCCGCUCACAGAGGACGGUCCUUGCUAUAUCUCGGACGCCAAGACCAACGGCCACCCGUGCAUAAGACCAGAGUCCGAAUCCGAAAGCGAAGUGGACGAGGAAGACGACGAAGAGGAAAUGGACGACAUGGAGGAAUCGUGUGUGGAGAUGCGCGACUGCGAGUGCCAGACGCGGGACUCCCUCCUCACCCAGAGAGACUCCGGUCAAGUGCAGCUGCCUAUGACCCCUCCCCCUCCUCCCCCUCCCAACAGACGUCCCCCUGGCCUCCCUCCCUUGAGUCCUUGUCCUCCCGCAGUCCCAACGCCGCCGCCUCCCCCAGGCUCUCACUACGGCCGUGCCCCUUCGUCAGGACCCCCGUCGGAACACUAUGGUACCUACGGCAAGCCACCGCCGGUGCCGCGACACAACGACCCCUACGAGGUUGACGACCAGUCAGACGACCCUUACGCCCAGAGAUAUCGAGCCGAAGCGGUCAUCGAAAUGCGAGAACGAGGUCACUACGAGCCCAGUAAAUCUCCCAAGGCCACGCCCGAUGUCCUGGUGACACACUGAACACCGACAGUUGUAAUGUUAUUUCAUGACUUGUAUCUCAUUGGCAGCAUUCGAGCCAGACUCAGAUUGUGACAGUCACAUACCAAGACUGUCGACAUGAUUCUUUGCAGGGUGGUGAGUAUCCCCGUGUGAGGGUGGUGUGAAGGUGAGGAAGAGGCAAGGAUGGUGUCACGAGGAUGGAGGUCAGACGAGGGUGAGUGUGCCGAGGUGCCCAGUCUGGACGGAGGAUGCCCGAGGACUUGCUUCUGCAGCACACACGGAAUGCCACCCGUCACUCUUCAGGAGUUUUGUUUUGUUACAACGCCCGUACUUGUGGAGUUUAUGAGAUUGUUGAUCUCAGCCGUGAAAAUACGUAGACACAACCAAUGUUCCCACUGAUAUUUGUCUUCUUAAGUUAAAGAGCUUUUAGGGAGCCCUAGGGCAGUUCUUUUUGAUUUGGUGACAGUGCAGUAUUAAGGAUAUGUUGUUACUGUCGCAUUAAGAACCUACUUUGCAUUUUGUUCAGCGACGAUAACAUAUUUUCCUGGGUUUUCUGAGACCAAACUCCAGUCAGUUCUGCAGUUUUCAAAACACUCGUGAAGUUCUUUGUUCUGGAGUCUUCAGGAAGAUGUUUAUCGCUGCUCAAGGGUUGAACUUUUGGUUAUUUCACGUAGAGAAAGAUUUCAGUCAGUGGAUGAUAUAUACAGUAUAUACAUAUAUAUUUUUCGAAUUUCUAAUACGGGAAUAUAUAUUGAUAAGUGCCCUCGUGGAAAGUAUAGAGUUGUCUCCCGUCUCCACAGAACUAUGUAUAAAGCUUUUUUACAUUUUGUUACCAUAUCAUCAGCGCCUUGAGAAGCCUUGGCGGUUCCCUCAGCAGCGCGUUGCCUUUGAUUUAGGAUUCUAUGUCAUAAGUAUUCCUUUGGUAUUUUGAAGUUUUUAUUAGAUUUGUAAGAUAUUUUGGAGUUGAUAUAUUAGCCGUAUCAUUUAAUGACGGUGUUGAGGAUUUGUUGUGCAACACAUGCAUUUACCGGUAAUUGUCUUCAAGCAUAUCGUUUUCUGUUUGUAAAUAAUGUAAGAACAGAAUUAUAAAAGAUUUUUUCCAUAAAAGACAAUCAAAUGUAGGUAUUAAAAUGUGCCAAACUGUC